AUGUCCAGCAACCCCCACGAUUUCAGCGACCCUAAUCGACAGGGACAGUAUCCACCUCCUCAGUGGAACACUAGUCAACCUGAGGAUAACCCUUCCGCUCAUUAUCCGCCGGCUUCACAAUACCCUUAUCCUCCAGCUUCGUACCCUCCACCAAGUGCGGACCACCAAUAUCCUCCGCCGCCGCAGUCACAGUAUCCGCCGCCGCCCAACAUGGCUGCCAUUCAUCCGCAUGUUCAGGGCCCGCAAGACCCCUACCGCCUUCCACCGCCCCCUGGUGCUUAUCGCCCCCCAGAUGUUUAUGCUCAAGCACCUCCGCCCCAAGUGGUUUACCAAGCUGCCGCUCCACGACAGCGGACAGCUAUCGCUUGUCGUUACUGCCGGAGACGGAAGAUUAGGUGCUCGGGAUUCGAAAGUUCUCAGGAUGGGCGGUGCAGUAACUGUAUCCGCUUCAACCAAGAGUGCAUGUUCACGCCGGUUUCCUCCCAGGCGCAAGCUUUUGUUCCUGCACAUGCUGCCUACCCACACCUGAGAAACGCACAGAACCAACCACGUGGUGGUGCCCCGGUAAUGCUUUACGGCGCUCAUGGUCAGCCUUUACCACCUCAACAACAACCUCAAGCUCCACCGGAUGCCACACUCCCUCCGCCACAGGGAAUGUAUCCCUAUGGCAGUGCACCUCCAUCCCUCUCAUCCGUGUCUCAAGAUCCUAGACCUAUUGGCCGUCGUGGCUCUGGUUCUGGAUUCGAUUAUCCGGAUCCAACCAAUCUGGCACCCGUAACGCCGGCAACAUCUGCUCCAGGAUAUCAAGCGCAUUCUGCCUCAAGUCCAUACUAUCCACCCCCAGCUCAGCAUGAUCGACGUCCUUCUCCGCAGUCGGCGUACCCUUACGAUAAUCGCCACUCUUCGUCUCCCCACAAUUCACCCUAUCCUCCUAUGCACCCUGGUCAAAGCGCGAUGACUCCCCCACCCACUUCAACUCCUGGUGGCUCAUCUCGUGGUGGCCUGAAUGUUCGUGAUAUGUUGAAUCCAGGAGACAGCCAGGGUCGUUCCAGCACUGAUAGUGAUAUGCUGAAUGCCCUAAACCGGCGGGGCCUGAAUCAGUAAGCCCACCAUGACACAUUGUCGACACUUGCAAUGCGGUGAUGGUCUGGGUGGGAGCUGGGGUAGAUGAGUGAAAAUUGGUGCGAAUAAAUGGGGAUGGAGCUGCAGAUACCGAAUUCAAUUUCGUUGGUGGUUGACGCGGAAGGUUGUGUGUGCUGGCCACACGGUCCUCCACACCUCACAUGCAAACAUUCCUUGAUUUUGGAAGGUACAACUGUGCCGUUUGCUAUGGGGAAGGAAAGAUGGGAAAACAUCAAGAUCAAAGCAAGAGAGGUAUCAUGACAAAUGCGAGAACGAAACGUACUCCUGUUUCCUCCCGUACCGAUGACAGGAUAAGGCAACAUACGGCGACGACAGAAGAUUAUGGCAAAUACCCGGGUGGAUGUUCGACUUGAAGCUACGGCGAUGAUGAAGGCUGAAAACGUGUCGUUCGCAAGAAGGAAGUGGUAACGAUACCUCCAGUGGAUGGAAUAUUUGAGGAGAAAAAAAAAAAAAGAAAAAACAACAAAUAACAACAUUUUUUCGACUGCUACGAAGCCAUGGAAACGAGAUGCAAGAGUGUUAUGAGCUGCACGAUCUGUAUAGGGAGUUGUCGGUCAUCAAUGACUGCCAAUGAGGUAGUGCGGAUUGU